AUGUCUAAUAACAUUAAUCCUUUAGCUGGAACCGCCCAUUUGCUGGAUGAACUGGAUAAGAAAUUGAUGGUGUUACUGCGUGAUGGAAGGACCUUGAUCGGAUACUUACGCUGCGUGGACCAGUUCGCAAACUUAGUUUUACAUAAAACCAUAGAAAGGAUACAUGUGGGUCGCGAAUACGGGGAUAUACCGCGGGGAAUAUUCAUUGUUAGGGGAGAGAAUGUUGUACUGUUAGGGGAAAUCGACAAAGAGAAAGAAGAAAAUCUUCCACUCACAGAAGUAUCUGUAGAUGAUAUUCUAGAUGCUCAACGGCGAGAACAAGACACAAAGACGGAACAACAAAAAUUACUGUCAAAAGCUCUUAAAGACCGAGGCCUUAACUUGAUAGCUGACUUAGGUCAUGAUGAUAUGUUCUGA